UCUUUUUGGUAGCAAUUGUGCUCUUGAUUAGGGUUUGAGUUAGGAUCACUGACUGGGCUUGCUGUUAAGGCUUAGAAUUUUGAGUUUGGUCAUGAUUAGGAUUCGAGAAAGAAUGACUAUUGUGGUUAAUUUGGGGUUUAGGGUUGCUGAAGACUCCCAAUCAAUUACUCGAAAAAUGACCGGAAAAUCAAUUCGGCCUCAAUACCUGUUAAAGAGUCAGUAGUAGACUCAAAAGUUAUCUCCUUUGUAUAUUUUGUUUUUAACUGUUAUCAUUUCUGAUUGUUGGAUAGUGUUUAAUUUCAGGAAUAUGGCUAAGUUGACAAUUUUGAUUAGUUAUGUGGGAAGUUGGAUAGUUCUCUACUUCUUUAUAUAAGCUUGGUAGAAUGAAGGGAUGAGCUGUUUCUGAAAAUGCUACUCAUGAGGAGCUCCGGGAUAGAGUGUGUGGUCCUAUCAGGGAAGACCCAAAUGAAUGUGGAAAUAGAGUGAAAGCUGUAUAUUGUGGAAUGUCUCUAAGCUAUCCUGUGGAGAUAGUAGACAAUGGUGAUGCGACUGCUUCUAUUUUGUGAGAGUGUGGGAGACUGGAAAUUCCCAUGUGCUAAUCCCUUGAAAUUAGGGUAUUUGCUUCUGGAGUGGAAGUAAUCAACAUGCUUCGGUUGGUCUUGCAACUCAAGCUAACGAGAAGUCAUUCUGUAGAUCCCCAUUCUCAACAAAAAAAAAAAAAGUCAAUUGCAUCUGAUUCUGGGACUCGAGAAAAGUUUUAUAUCGUAGAUGAGUUGAUUCAAUUCUAAAAUCAAAAUUUUCUUGAUUUGAAGUUCAGUGCACUACAAUUGUACAUGGCAACUCCGUGCAACCAAGUCACCCAGAGUUUGAGUAUAUUAUCCUAAGAUGUUAUGAUAGUCUGCACUCUUGUUCAUCAGAUGCUUCUCGUCAUGACCACAAGCAAUACUCUUAUUGGUCAAUAUAUAACGUCAAAUUACAAGGGUGUUUCAUGCCAAUAUAAACCAAAAGAUAUUAUUGUGGACUUGCCGAACGAUCUGGUGUGGAUGUAAGUUAUGGGAGAUGCUGGAGGGCUUAAGAAUGUGCAUUAGAAGAUUUCUGGGAAUCUUCUAGGUGAUCCAAAAAAGGCAAGGAGAGAAUUCAUUCUCAUGGAGAAGACCAGUCUAUGCGGAAGUGUGGAAGAUGUGGUGCAACUGGUCACAUAAACCUAUAGGAUUUCUGGAAAGAAUCUAUUGCAUGAAGCUUUACUGGAAACUUUUUAUCUAUUGCGCUUUCUCUGAGAUCUUUUCUUAAAUGAGUUUUAUCAGUAUGGUCGUAUGCGUUUAAUUACUCUUUACCCCUAUGGCCUGUAGCUACCCCAGUAAUGGGUAUAAAUAGAGGUAAGGAGCAAGGCACUCUUCCUCGUCCCUCCAUUGUUAUUGCUCCUGCAAGCUUUACUUCUUCUUGCAAGAAUUCUAUUAAGGUUUUCCUUUUUACCCCUAACCUUGAAAAGGGUGUACAGUGCUUCUAUUGCCAAAGCGUGUUCAACAAUCCCCAGGCUGUAGAGGGGCAUCUUUGGGUCCAUCAGGAAGAGAUCAAGGAAAUGAAGAGCUGGAACUUUCCUGGCCAUUUCAGCAACUCAGAAAGCGUUACUAGCAAUACUCAACCUCUCACCAUCUCCCAUCCUGAGAACUUUUCUGAAGGUGCUGGGAGCCAUCAAUCUCAUUUGCUCUCAAAUGGAGUUUGUCAGUUCAAUACUGAUCAAGUUCAAAAUUUUAUGGAUAGUAUGCCAUCCCUUUCUGAAAAUGCCUUGCCAUGCUUUCAGAAUAACUACUGUGGCAAGCUUCCUUCUCUUGUGGAUGCUGUAACUUUUGAUCCAGAUCUCAGCUCAAAUCAGUCGCCUGCCUUCAAGGAGCGUAAUAUUCUUGAUUUCUUUAAUUGCAAUCUCAGUCAAUCUUCAGGCCAAGGUGAAGCUGGUCAAUCUAAGAAAAAUAAUGGAGGUAAGAGGCCCUGCUCAGGUGAAGCCCAAGGAAAUGCUGGGACUGUGAAUGAGUUGAAAAGGACCAAGAUCAACUCAGAUGAGAUGGAAACUGAUAGUCCUCAGAAGAGAGAGCUUCUUCUUGUUAAAGAGGAGGACAACUCCAAUUCUGGUUCUGGAAUGCCUUAUGAUGUGGAAGAAGGCGAGACAAACCUUGAUCUGUCGCUACAUCUGUAACUUUUGUACCUGCUUCCUAUCUCCUUUUCUGGGUCAGAAAAAUCUCCGAAUGCGAAAGAGGAAGGUGGAACAAAAUUGGAUCUAUCUUUUCUUUGUCCCUGCUUUGUUUAGAUAAUAAGUUUGCUAGUAUUGAAUAAGAAUCUACAUAUGAAUUUGCAAAUAAACAUGGGCUUGAUAGAAGGAUAUAAAUUUCUGAAUCUAUAUGUGCCCCUCUAGUUGUCUUUUUCUUUUUAAACAAUGUUCACUUGUUUACUUCUAUGGUCUUUUUAUCCCUUGAA